AUGUUCUCCUUUGGGAUUAUAAUAGCUGCUGCUUUGAUGCCUGUUGUUGUCGCGAGUCUCUCGGGCUCAGUGCCUCGCGGACCGCCGCAUCGAAACAACCCCGGAAAAAGGAAAUGGAGACCGUCCAUAACAGUGUAUGAGAGUUCGCAAUCAGGGAAAGAAAAAAUGAGGUAUUUCCCGUUAUUGCUGUGUGCGAUUUUCGUUUUGGCGAAUUCUGUUUAUUCGGCUCCCGGGAAUAAAUCACCCACUUCCGAAAAUGUCAGCGAUUCGACUUUGAAAGAAAUUUCUGAGAAAAGGGACUCGGAAAUAAAGGAAGCUGAAAAUUCCACUAAGUCUCUUCUUCCUCAUCAUCAGGAAGAUCCCAAGUUGUUGACAGAGAAGAAUGCUUCUGCUGCGGAUCCGAAAAAGGACACAAUAUCCCCCAGCAAUAAUGAAACAUCCUCGGCCCAAAAAGAACCCGCGUCUUCUGCAAAAAGGCAGCUUACCGUUGAAGAACUCAAGUCUUACAUAGAAUAUUACUCGGAAGAGCUGCGACGCAGAUCAAACCUCAAAGCUUUAAUCGCCUGGCAAUUCGCCACCAACAUCACGGAAGAAAACUCGAAAGCAAAAGUUGAAGGAUCGUUGGAAAUGUCUACUUGGAAGCGAAACGAGUGGCUUCACAACAUCUCGCAGUUCGACUUGUCAGUGUUGGAAUCUCCUCAUUACCAGAACCUGAAAAGGCUCUUUGAUCAGGUCAAAGUCCUCGGGACUGAUGCUCUUGACGGGGAAAAAAUAUCCAAGCGAACCCAGUUGAUCAAUGAAAUGUCAUCAACCUACAGUUCAGCCAAAAUCUGCCCUUUCCAGAAUCCAGACUGUGACUUGGAAAAGGAUCAAACAUGGUCACUGGAACCUGAUAUUUCAAAUGUCUUCCUUGAAGCGCCAAAGAAGGAGAAUUAUGACCUGUUGACUUAUGUUUGGAGAAAGUGGAGUGAUGCCACUGGGAAAAAUUACAGGAACAAGUUUGUAGAAUACAUCAGCCUGACUAAUGAAGCAGCAAAGGCCAACAAAAAUCCUGACAUACAAAAUGGAGCUUCACUGUGGCUGCAAGCGUAUGAAUCGAAAAACAUAAGACAAAACCUGGCCAAGAUGUACGAAGAAUUGAAGCCCUUUUACUAUGAAUUGCACGCAUUUGUACGUUACAAAUUGCGCAAAGUUUAUGGCGAAGACAAGUUUGACAGCGAUGGUCCCAUUCCAGCACACAUCCUGGGAAAUAUGUGGGCUCAGAGUUGGGAGGCGAUUUUCCCCGCAGUGUCUGAAUUCAAAACAAAAAACAUGGAUGUUACCGAUGAGAUGAAGAAGCAAGGAUAUGAUGCCAGGAAGAUGUUUGAAUUGGCAGACAAAUUUUUCAAAGACCUGGGCUUGGAGAGUGUCAAUGAAGGUGCAAAAGAUUUCUACAAUCUCUCCAUGAUUGAAAAGCCAGAGGGGAGAAAAGUUGUGUGUCAUGCAUCUGCUUGGGAUUUCAGUGCAUCCAAUCAACUCCCAGGAGACUUCAGGAUAAAAAUGUGUACUGAUGUGACCAUGAAUGAUUUCAUCACUGUUCACCACGAACUUGGACAUAUUCAAUAUUAUAUGCAAUAUGUUGAUCAAAACCCGCUGUUCAGAGAAGGUGCCAACCCUGGUUUCCAUGAGGCAAUUGGAGAUACAUUGGCUCUCUCAGUGUCUACUCCAGGACAUCUGCAAGCAAUUGGUCUGCUGGACAAAGACUUCAAGCUGGAUGAUGAUGCAGAUCUUUCCUAUCUACUCAGAGUAGCCCUGGACAAGGUUUCCUUCCUACCUUUUGGCUACCUGAUUGACUUGUAUCGCUGGAAGCUUUUUGAAGGAGAGAUAGAGUUUAAGGACCUGAAUGAUGAGUGGUGGUUGCUAAGGUAAAGC